AUGUUCAAGAAAACUGGAGUUGUUAGAAGAUAUGAGUAUUUUGUUACGCCCAUAUAUGUUAAAGAGCUCGGUGUGGAAUCUACGAAAGUGGAGGAUACGAGUGGUUCACCGGUGGGGACCGCGAGGUCCCGUGCCGUCCGGCCCACACACUGCGUCGUCGCUGGAGCCCAUGCUUUAGUCCUCAGGGUAUCAAGUAUCUUUGGACUAGCGCCGUUGAGAUUCGAGCCUUGUGGUUCGGGCUUCUCAGUCUCUAUAUCCAAUGCAAUGUGUAUAUAUAGUUAUAUAUUGGUCACAGUUCUAGUUGUAUUAACAAUAUCCGGUUUAGUGGCGGAAAUCAAUGUGGGCUUGGAAUUAGCUGUGCGGAUGUCCUCCACCACAUCGCAGGUGGUCUCUAUGUGCGACAUCCUCAUAGUGGUGCUCACCGCCGGAGCAGGAGUCUAUGGUGCACCGAAGCGAAUGCGCAGCAUGCUGAAGUUUAUGAACAGCAUUGCUUCGGUUGAUACCAGUAUAGGUGGGAAAUACACUCAAGCGACAGAGCGCAAGGUACGCGCUGUUCUGCUGGCUAUUCUGAUCUACUUCUUCGUAUUGCUAAUAGAUGACCUCUGUUUUUACGUGGUAUAUGCUAAAAAAGUAGGCAGGCAAUGGAACGUACUACUCAACUACAUAGGUUUUUAUGUACUGUGGUAUAUGGUGAUGAUAUUGGAACUGCAGUUCGCUUUCACUGCCCUGUCGGUGCGAGCGCGCUUCCAAGCUAUCAACGAUGCUCUCGUACUUACCGUCAAGAACACGUCUAUACCAAUGUCCGCAGUGGAGAAGACCAGGAGUCCAGCAUCGCUGAACAUCUUUGCUAUAAGCGUGACAUCGGCGGACAGCCAGCGUAUACGUAACGUGAACCUAACGAUGGACACGCACGAAAGUGAACCCACUGUUAUUGUGUCCAAAUCUGUGGCGGGUGAAUCCCGGUUGAUGGUGUCCGCCAGUAAAGCGACCCAUCAGCUUUCAAUGCUGCACGGGGCACUGUGUGACGUGGUGCACAGGAUCGACUCCAGCUACGGUUUGCCAGUCAUUGUCAUACUAAUGUCCACACUAUUGCACCUCAUCGUGACGCCAUAUUUCCUUAUCAUGGAACUUAUCGUGUACACGAACCGUCUUCACUUCUUGGUGCUGCAGUUCCUGUGGUGUUUCACUCAUCUAUUGCGUUUAGUUAUCAUCGUUGAGCCAUGUCAUUACACAAUCAUUGAGGGUAAAAGAACACAGAGCCUGGUGAGCCGACUGAUGUCCUUAGCUCCGUCUACUGGAGAAUUAUCCACUAGGCUCGUGGUAUUCUGCCGACAACUGAUGCUGCAGGCCGUUUCCUACAUGCCAAUGGGGAUGUGCACUUUAGACCGACCGCUUGUCGCUUCGAUACUGGGAGCAGUUACUACGUAUUUAGUUAUACUUAUACAGUUCCAGAGAUAUGAUACAACAUAA